CACUAACACUAUCAUUCGCAACAUAUUCGUCCAUCAACAAUACGACUAAUGGUCCAUGGUUCAUCUUCGGUCAACCCUGAAGAAUUUCCCUUUCCAUCACUCUCAUCGCUAUCAACGUCAACCUACAAAAGUAAAGAAUUUGGYACAGUGGGCGUCUCCUCUCUUGGAUUGGUGUACAAGGUCUCGGGCUUCGAUCAGCUUGCAAAGUCCUCCGAACAACAGCCGGAACGAGGAGUGCAGCCGGUCGWUUCCGCUGAUUCUUCCAAUCGCAGSCRUCCACUCUUACCCGUUGCCACCGAAUCGGUUUCUCUGGGGAAGAGAAGACUCRUAUAGGGCUUUUGGGAUCAACAAAAACGUCACAAACUGCAUCAAUAUCACCAAAAGCAACAUCGUGAUCAACAACAACAACCUUCGUUCCGAUUUUUGUCAGAUGCCAGCCGGYGGGRWCAGCUGCGGAGGCAGUAAMAAUCUUAGGCGAUCUCACCGCGAACAAGGCCUCAAAAAGUCGCMUUCUGACRCAGSCACUGURACACCGUUMUCGGUUUCGUCCCUGCCCCUKUCGUUGGUCAACGCGGCSUGGUCGGUGCUGAUCCUUCUGGUUCUCGGCACACAACACGGUGGAAGUGGCCUUGUUCCCCGCUACGGAACAAGAAACGCUUUUCGAGCRGGCCGGGGUCGGUCGUGUCGCGGUSKUCAARGAUUGCAUCUACCGGGMAACUGGGGCGGUUUGUUGCURCUUCCAACCAUGAGCGGUUAUUCUGCGUUGUUUKCCGACGCCUUUCAUCCAGAGGCGUCGCACCCUUCAGMCGACAAAACCAGCGAGRACGAGAACAACAACAAGAGCAAUAACAGUGYGAAAUCACGAGAUCRCGGCAWCGAGUCGACGUGCGAGGCGGACGCUAGCARCAACUCGGGCACGCCCCAUCCGGAGGAGGAUCAGCUYUUGCUCUUUCAUUACGACUCGACGACCUCCACCCAGGACGAAGCCAAGCGAAUUGCCAAACGCCUAUCGGAAAAUGAAUCUUCCUCUUCGGUUUCCACCUUUUGUGUCACGRCCGCCUCCCAAUCCAGUGGCAGGGGGACCACCGGUCGCCAGUGGCUCGGGGCACCGGGAAACGUCUUUGUGACGAUUGGAUUCCCGAUGCAAACCUACAUGACCACGAUGCUCCGGGAGCGAAGGAUUCCCCUGACGCUCCUCCCGCUCAAGAUCGGCGACCUCACGGCUUCGCUGGUGCRGUCGGAACUCGACGACGAGAACUGCGCUGCGGUGGUGGGCGACGCGUCGGGGCCUGCCAGGGUCACGGUCAAGUGGCCCAACGAUGUGCUGGUGGACGGAAAGAAAAUCUCCGGGACCCUGAUCGAAUCGUCCAGCGAUUGGUUUCUGGUCGGGAUCGGGAUCAACGUGGCGCACGCCCCCACCGUUCCCACGACGGGGAARGACUAUGGCCGUCCCUCGGUGAGCCUCCACGAGUACUGUGGCCCGCAGCAGCAGAAACAACAACAACAACAAAGCGACGACGACGCUAUUACCGAAGCCGCCCAAAUCGAACACGCCCGUGACCUCGGCGUUGGGCUCGCCCUCGGAAUCCACCGGUGGAUACAAAACGAUCCAAGCGAGAAGGAUGGAACGGCCGAGUCGAUCGUCGAGGGAUGGAAGCGAUGGCUCGAUUGGGACGCCGAGUUGACCCUGCGAAACGACAACGAUGCGGACCAGAGCCGAAGAAAAACGGUCCGGCUGGUGGACGUCUUGCCGGACGGAAGAAUCCGCGUCCGGCACAAGGGGAGCGGCAAGGAAGAAGUCCUCGUUUCGGACUACUUUGUGUAGUGCAAAACCCGAAAUCCGCCGUGCUCUSUGGCACGAACGAUCCUAGGUAUUAAACCAAAGCUAUUUCU